CAAAUUACUUUCCCUUACUUUUUGUUAGUUUCUACUGGAAAAAAGUAAUUCAAACUAGGAAACUGCCCGCUUCCUCAGAUGGAACCGAACCUCACUCGCAAACAAGAGAUUUUCACGAAUCACCAUGUAAACAUAUUGACUCCCUCUCCCUCUCUUUCUCUUUCUCUCUCAAACCCACCACCCCAUAAUAAGUUUAUCUUAUUUUUCAUAUAUUUUUCCCAUUUUUUCAUUGUUUGACUUCAAUCUGCUUUGAAAAGAUUUGUAUGGCUUUUUCUGAUCAAUGUGAUUCUUAUUGAUCACUUCUGACUUCUCAUUAGAUUUCUUUAAUACCCAUUACCAGAAGUCUCUCUCUCUUUCCCACCACUUGGGUUGGUGUUUCUGUGCCUUUCAUGUUUGGUUAUCAGUUCUUUUCGGGAUUAGACUCAUGUGACGGGAAUCCUCAUUGCACCAGAGAAGUAGCUGAUUUUGAUAUAUUUUUGUAUUGGUGAUUACUUCUUUUUUCUAUUAUCUCUCUCACAUCACCAGAUGUGAACUCAUUCUAGCUAGAAUGUCACAAAAUUUGAUCUUUUUGUUCAUAGCCCAACUAUUUGAUUCUAUGUUGUAUGGGUUCUUGUCAUAUUAAUUUUGGCAAACCCAUUUUGGUAUUUCUUUCACAUUCUUAGAGCUGUGAAUGAUGAAUAUAAGCUGAUCUCUCUACCAUGAUUUAAAAACCAGAACUUUGCAUCAACUUUCCAUGUUGAUAUCCUUUACCCAUUUGUAAAUGGGGCCUCCUAUCAGUUUAGAAAAGUUGGGUCUCUUAUAGACUGUAGUUUUCAUUGAUUCUUAUUUAAUUCAACUCUUUCUUCUUCUUCCCUUUUGGAGAUUAUUGGAUGUAGGGACUAGGAUUUACAUUGCUAAAGCUUGAUGUAUUCUGAUAUAGAACUGCAAUGGCCGAUAGGAAUUCCCAUUCCAAUGGGUUCGAAUCGAGAAGACCCCUUUUCUGCUUCUUCACCAUUGUCACGUCCUUCUUCGUAUUCUCGUGGUUCUUCUUCCUUCGUUCCACUAGUCUCCCCCACCUUCUCAACCACCCCUCUUUGCUCAACCAAAAACCCAUCUCUAAUAAUGUAAAAGAGACUGAAUUCCCCUACCAUUCUGGUGAAAACGAGGCCCAACAACAAGGAACUAGCGAAAAAUGCACCACCAACAAUGCCAUUAUUCGUGUUUUCAUGUAUGAUUUACCCCCUGAAUUCCACUUUGGCCUCUUGGAUUGGAAGGGCGAAGAGGAAAGUGGCAAAAUUUGGCCUGACCUCUCGAAGAUACCCGAGUACCCUGGUGGCCUUAACCUACAACAUAGUAUUGAAUUUUGGCUCACACUAGACCUCUUAGCUUCUCGGUUUCCAGGCCGAAAAGGCCCUUGUGUUGCAAUAAGAGUUGAUAACUCCAGCCAAGCCGAUAUAAUCUUUGUGCCCUUCUUCUCUUCUUUGAGUUAUAAUAGGCAUUCAAAGGUUAAGCCUCCUGAGAAAUUGAGUAGAAACAAGAUCUUGCAGGAAAAUUUGAUUCAAUUCUUGAGCAAGAAAGACGAGUGGAAGAGGUCAGGGGGGCGAGACCACGUGAUAGUAGCCCAUCAUCCAAAUAGCAUGCUCGAUGCGAGGAUCAGUCUUAGGCCUGCCAUGUUCAUUUUAGCAGAUUUUGGGAGGUAUCUCCAACAGGUAGCUAAUGUUGAGAAGGAUGUCAUAGCUCCUUACAAGCAUGUCAUCAAGAGCUUUGUCAAUGACACAUCCACCUUUGCAAGUCGACCAAUAUUGUUAUAUUUUCAGGGAGCAAUUUACAGGAAAGAUGGUGGUUUUAUUCGACAAGAGCUAUUCUAUCUUCUCAAAGAUGAAAAGGAUGUACAUUUCGCAUUUGGUAGUGCCAAGGGAAGCGGCAUUAACCAAGCGAGCCAAGGUAUGCACUCUUCAAAGUUUUGCUUAAACAUAGCAGGCGAUACCCCUUCAUCGAACCGACUGUUUGAUGCCAUAGCAAGCCAUUGCAUUCCUGUUAUUAUAAGCGAUGAGAUAGAGCUCCCGUAUGAAGAUGUUAUUGAUUACUCUGAAUUUUGUGUGUUCUUGAGAGCUUCUGAUGCUUUGAAAGAAGGUUUUUUGAUGAGAGUAAUAAGGAGUAUCGGAGAGAGAGAGUGGACUAGAAUGUGGAGGAGAUUAAUAGAGAUUGAGAAACACUUUGAGUAUCAAUACCCAUCUCAGCCUGAUGAUGCAGUUCAGAUGAUAUGGAAGGUGGUGGCUCGAAAGGUCCCAUCAAUUCGAUUGAAGGUUCAUAAAGGCAGGCGUUACUCGAGGAGUAGGACUGGAAAGUGGAUUAGUCGAAUAUGAUGAGAGAGAAGGGGUGGUUCUUUUUCUUUUGCCUUUUUUUCUGUUUUGAGGCAAGAAACUGUGGGACUUAAGCAGAGAGAGCGGGGGGGGGGGUUGCCAUGAGGGCAGAAACUGAAGAGAAAGUAAGGGGUUGGUUUUGUUUGUUGCAGCAAGAAAUGGUGGUGAUUGGACUUGAGAUAAUCUUCUGAUUAAUUUGAUGGCGUUCUUGGUCUGUUAUAGAAGAUAAAAGAGAGAUUUUUUCUGGUAGAUCAUUAAAGCAUAUUAGAAUUUGGAGUUGCGUUAUUUCUGAAGAUUUGUCAGAGAGAGAGAGAGAGAGAGAGAGAGAGAGCGUCAACAAGUUAACAUGGUGGCAUUAAUUCUUUUAGUUGUUUUGUAGAUCUAAAACAACUUUUUAGAAGGUAGGAGGAUGGGUUCCUUUUUAAUUCUCUAUAUGAAGUUUUGUUAGAGGUUAGAUCCAACAUGGGGAUGGAGAUUCUUCAAGAAACUAUGUAACUAUUAGUGAGAGAAUAGAUCGUGUAUGUGUAGCAAGAGCUUUACAGAGAGAAUGUAAGGCAUGUAGUGCUUCUCUUGCUAUACUAUCCCUCUGGUACAGAGGGAGAAACUUGAGAAAGGAAAUUCAAAAUGAAAUAAAUUUUUAUUUUUUUAUCCUUUU